AUGAGUCAAGAAGAUUUAAAUGAUAUAGAGGAAGGUGAAUUAGAGGCAAAAGAUUUUGCAGACGACUACUAGUAUGAUAGAGUUACUUUGGAUUAAAUUAGAUCCAGAGAUAUAAAUGAGGAUUAUGAAGUAUUACACGAAGUAGGAUCUGGUACUUAUGGUCGCGUCUAUAAAGCUAACAGAAAGUCAGUCAGUAAUAAAUUGUAUGCAUUGAAGUAGCUAGAUGUAUCAUAAGAGAAAGAUGGAUUUCCAAUCACAGCACUUAGAGAGAUAAAACUUUUAUAGAAGUUAGAUUAGGAAAAUGUAUUGAAAAUAAAUGAAAUCGUGACUAUGAGAACAAGCAAGGAUAAAGGCAAAUCAAAGAUUACAACUUUUUUAGUAUUUGAUUAUAUGGAGCAUGACUUUUAGGGUUUAAUUAGAAAAAAGUAGCCAUUCACUUAGCCAUAAAUAAAAUGUGUGAUGUAGCAGCUAUUUAAAGGAUUAGAUUACUUACAUAAUAGCAAUGUCAUCCAUAGAGAUCUAAAAAGUGCAAAUUUACUGUUAAAUAAAGAUGGAGUUUUAAAAAUUGGUGAUUUUGGUCUUGCAAGAUAAGUUGAAAGACCUCUUUUAAGACCUUUAACAUCGGUUGUAGUAACUCUUUGGUACAGAGCUCCUGAAAUUCUUUUAGGUGAUAAAAAUUAUAGUUUUAAGAGUGAUGUUUGGAGUGCUGGGUGCUUCAUGGCAGAGCUCCUUCUGGGAGAGCCUAUCUUCAAUGGAAAAAAUGAAAGUACUUAAAUAGAAUAAAUUUAUGAAAAAUGUGGCUCUCCUGAUCCAGAUUCUUGGGCAGGCUUGACAACUUUUAAAUUUUGGAAAGAUUUACAACCCAAAAAAGAGUAUAGUGCUUCCUUAAUAUCAUACAUGAAAUAAAAAAUACCUACAAUCGAUUCAAGUACAUUAGAUUUCUUGUAAGCCCUUUUGACCAUGAAUCCAGAAGAAAGAUUAGAUUCAAAUUAAGCAUUACAUCAUGAAUAUUUUGAGAGAGAACCACUUCCCUGCCCUGUUUCAGAAAUGCCUCAUAUAGAACAAGACUGUCACUUCUAACCAACUCGCUCUUAAAUAAAUAGCUAGGAUCAUAUGCCUGUUCCUAAAAGACAUAAUUAUUCAACUGCCCCUCCAAAACAAUUUAAUAAAUAUUAAUCUAACCCAUCUAAUAAUUCUUACGGGUAUAAUAAUAAUAAUAACAAUAAUUAGCAUGCAAACGGAUAGUAUAAUAACUAAAAUAAAAGAAAAGGAUCUUAUGGUAAUCAUAAACCAAGCAAAUAUGAGGAAUAAAACAAAAAAUUUAAAAAAUAUUGA